UUCACGAAGACCGUCUUUGUGCCAGGACUUCCCGCUUCGGUAUCAGUAAGCGAAGAAGACAAGAAAGACAGUUUGGAUUUGGCUGAGCUCCGGUCCCUUGUAUGUGAAGUGCUCCUUCAGGAGCAUUAUUACCAGCGCAAGAAGCGCCCCAAACUCUUCCGCGCCAGCGACCAGGGGCCAGCGCCUUUCAUUACCCAUCUGGUGCCAAAGCUUGCAGCCCACCUGGCUUAUCUCAACCCAGAGCUUGGUUCCUCUUCCAUCAUAGAUUUUAAGCCAGAUGUACAUUUCUACUGGUUGCGUGGGGAGACAGUGGUUCCUCGAGGUCACCGGCGAGGCAGGAUUGACCCACUCAGAUUUCAGAUUGAUGAUAAGCCACGCUGUCAGAUUCGUAUAAGAAAGCAACUUUCAGAGUUUGAGCCUCUUGAUUACCUGGGCCCUGGAGAUAUUCCUGUUAUCCAGCAUUUACCUAACAAACUUCCAUUGUUCAAACGACAGUAUGAGAACAGAAUAUUUAUAGGUUCUCAGGUAUCGGAUCCAUGCUGCUAUGGGCACACCCAAUUUCACUUGCUUCCUGACAGGGUGAAACGAGAAAGACUGAUAGGAUUGAAUCUCACUGAUCAGAUUGAUGUUCCAUAUCGAGCCAAUGCAGUUGCAAGUCUCUUUGCAUGGACUGGAGCACAAGCAAUGUACCAAG